CCCGGAAGUGUUUCUUUAAUGUUGCUCUCAAGACUCUGAUGCUGAUUAUUUCAUCCACGUUAUUAAUGUACUGCCAAGAAUGCAUUUUUAAAUACGUGGAAUAAUAUUUUUCUGCCAUAAAUAUAAUAUAUCAGUUGUGUGUCUAUUGGCUUUGACAACAACUGUAAUGCUUGACGAGCAAGUGACGACCAAUGCGAUGGCUACUUUUAGCAAGGCUAGCUGGCGAGCGUAGCCAGCUAGCCGGCCAUACAUACUAGUGGUGCCACUCAACAAAACAGUGUGAUCAUCAAGCCCCUGGUCCCGGACAAUCGCAUCCAGGGGGUAAGAGACCAUGGGCACGGAGAGCAGCGCAAUGCGGAGCAUCAUCUUGGAAGAACCGCUCCUGACCCUGCCCUCAGGGCUCACCAUGUACUCUGCAGUGCUCCAGGAUGGCAAGCCGGCUUCAGUGUUUGUUCACAAGCAGGGCAACGAAGACAAAGUAAACAAAGCUGCAAAGCAUCUAAAGACCCUGAGGCACCCGUGUCUCCUGCGUUUUCUGUCAUGCUCCGUGCAGGAUGGGGGCAUCCACCUGGUGACGGAGCAUGUGCAACCUCUGGAGCGGCUGCUGGACAGCCUGACUCCAGAGGAGGUUUGCGCAGGCAUCUACGACCUGCUGCAGGCCCUGGUCUUCCUGCACGAGAGGGGAAAGUCCAGCCACAACAAUGUGUGCAUGUCGUCAGUGUUUGUCAGUGAUGAUGGCCAUUGGAAGCUUGGGGGGAUGGAGACGGUCUGCAAGUUCUCUGAGGCUACCCCAGAGUUUCUCCGUGGCAUUCAAAAUUUGCGGGAGACCAGAGCUAUUCCCCCAGAGGAGCGGGUGGAAGGCUUUAAAAUGCUGCCAGAUAAGCAUGCACAUUCUCGAGACUGCUUCUCGUUUGGAAUGAUGGUAGAAACCCUCAUUCCUCUCCUGAAUGGUUAUGUCUCCAAGGAGUUAUCAGACAGUCUGAAGAGAACUCUCCAAGCAGGACUGUUGACCUCCGAUCCCUUGUCUCGGCCACCUCUCAGCUCUCUACUCACUCAUGACUUCUUCAGAAAUGACUUUCUGGAGGUUGUGAAUUUUCUGAAGAGCCUGACCCUAAAAACAGAAGAAGAGAAGAAUGAAUUCUUUAAGUUUCUGUUGGACCGGGUGCAGAGUCUACCAGAGGAUUUGCUAGCGACUCGUCUGGUCCCCAAACUCCUCAAUGGGAUGGUGUUUGCAGAGCCCACUGCUGUGAAGAGCUUUCUGCCUCACCUUUUAAAGCCGAAGAAGGAUUGUGGUGUAGCUGGUAGUGAGGAGUGCCUCCUGUCUCUGUCCCUCUACCGGAAACAUGUAGUUCCACAACUGCUGAAGCUCUUCAAGGUCAACGAAGAACACGUCCGGGUGGUGCUUCUGGCACACAUGCAUGUCUAUGCGGAGUGCUUCUCCUAUGAUGAGCUCAAGAACUACAUCCUACCUCAGGUUUUGCUUGGAAUGAGAGACACAAACGAUUCUCUGGUUGCUAUGACACUGCAAAGCCUGGCUGUGCUUGUGCCAUUGCUAGGCGCACAGGUGGUGGUGGGAGGAGAGAGGACAAAGGUUUUCAAACGCACCAGGCCCAACUUCACCAAAUCUACAGAGGUUACCCCAGAAACCUCUCCUGUUCACAUAGUAGGAGAGUCCCAUCCUCAUAUGGCCCAGCCAUCUAAAGUCCAGAAUCUUUUCCCCAAACCAGUAGCUGUGGCUGGAAGACUGGUUCUGGGAAAUAUAGACUGCCUCCAGGGAGACAGUGAGUCCCUGAAGAUAUUCCCCCCGCCACCCAAAUCAGUGAUCAGUAGAGACAUGUCUCUACCCUUGAAUGGCUUCAGCAAAAAUAAAGAGGAAGAAUCUUUCUACAGUCCAGAACAGGCAGUGGACCAGGGUCAGGCUGAGGACUGGCCGGACUGGAGUGACCCAGAAGAGGGGGAGAAAGAGCAGCCAGUCCAAAUCCAUAUCCAGGCCUCUGCUAAAGCAUCAGAUUCAACCACUAGGCGGGAUGAAGAGGAACCAUGGGAUGACUUUGAGGACACGGAGCCCAGGUCAGACAUCUCUCCUACCGUCUUGACCUGUCCACCCAGAGGGAGUACCACUGCAACAUUACCCCCAAUAGCCGAGCCCCUGAGAGGGGGGUCUAAGCCCCUGAAACUGAGCCAAACCCUCAAGGUUGCCCCAGAGAGGAAGACUGCUGCUGACUUAUGGGACGUUGGAUGGGAUCAGGAAGAAGAGGAGAAACCAAACAUGUCCAAGCCCAAGUUGCAUACUAAAGCACAAAAGGAAGGCAGCAGACAGGUUCUGGGUGAGGAGUUUGCCAUCAAGGUAAAGAAGAAGCCGGAGAGCAACCCUGAAUUGGACUUCUUUGCAGACAUGGAGCCAGACAUUAAACUGUCAUCUGCUGCGGCCCUGAUGCUGCCUGUGGACAUUGGUGAUAAUGAUACUGGGCUGUGUGUAGAUGCAUCGACAAAACAAUCAUAUCCCUCUAUCGACACAGUAGUACUCACAGCCAAGUUUGCAGCUGCUGACCAGGCAGAGACAGAAGCAGAAGGCUGGGGCGAAGAUGGUGACCUGAACUGGGGAGAGGAUGAAAAUGCCUGGUGAUGAACUUAGCCAUGAUGUAGAGAGUACACAUUGCUGGAGCAUUUGCAAGGAUGCAUCUCUUGACAAGAUACCAUUAUCUCAAAAAGCCAGAGAACUGGAACACCAGCUCCAUACACCAAGUUGUCAUUCUUGACUGUCAAGUUAUAUCACUAAUGAAAGUGUGACAAUGAAGAAUCUGUUUUAUAGUUCAGAGUUUUCCGGUGUUUAAUAAGAUUUUCCUCUACUGAAGGAACUAUAUCUAUGGAACUUUACUUUUGUAUUAGAAUGAUGUAAGGGGGUCUUUCUCUUUUACUUGGUGACUUACCAGCUAGGCUGGGAUGACAGAGCUUGAGUCCAUAGUUUGUUGCCAAAUCUCAUAGGAAGCCUAAAGUAGUGGACUGUGAUCAGGAUCAGAAAACUUUUCAUUAUCAGGUUUUUGUUGUGCCAUACAUGUUAUGUCUGGCAGUUUAAUUUGGGUGGCCUCUGAAAGGGCACUGUAGGGUAGUCUUGUGCUUUUCCCUUGCUUCCUUUACUACAAUGUAUCUUUAAGAGGUAGGGAAGAACAGGAACCUGAGGUAGACAUUCAUCACAUGAAACCCCUGGUGCAGUGGGAAAAGUGUGGUUUUGGGUGGUAAAUGGGACUUUGAAUGAAUGUGAAUGAGGUUGAUGUAAUUUAUUUGUAUCUUUAUGGUUGCUGUGGGAAUAAAAGGUUUUAUGGUA